AUGGCGACUCUCCGGGUUUCGGCGUCGGCUUGCUCGCGAAGAGCCCUGAUGGUGGCUCGUCCGCAGAUUCAAUUGGCAACCCGUCCCCGAAUAUGCGCGCGGCCCUUGCUGAGAUCGAAAGGGGCUGGGUAUCUUGGAUACUCGACCGCCGCCGCCGAACGGCCUUCGCUUGCCCCCAAAAUCGACCGCAGUGCCUCGAAAUUGUUCAAAAAUGCCGACGAAGCCGUCGCCGAUAUCCAGAGCGGAUCGACGAUCCUUAGUUCCGGGUUUGGUCUCUGUGGUGUCGCAGAAACACUGAUCUCUGCCAUGCACCGCCGAGGAGCCGAGACCCUUCAUUCAUUGACCGCGGUGUCCAACAAUGCCGGUGCCCCUGGGAAAGGCGGACUUUCUACGUUGACACAAGCGGGCCAGGUCAACCAACUGAUUCUGUCCUAUCUGGGAAACAACAAGGCGCUCGAGAAGAAGUAUCUCACCGGCAAUAUCGCCAUUGAAUUGUGCCCUCAAGGCACCCUGGCGGAAAGACUGCGAGCUGCAGGAGCUGGCAUUCCUGCGUUUUUCACUCCUACUGGUGCACACACCUUCCUCCAAGAUGGCCAAAUUCCUGUCCGUUUAGAUGAAUCCGGGAAGGUGGUCGAAAAUGGCAAUCCUCGCGAAACCCGAUUGUUCAACGGGAAGACAUAUCUGAUGGAGACAGCGCUUCCUGGCGACGUGGCCAUUAUUCGGGCAUGGAAGGCGGAUGAGGCUGGCAACUGUGUAUUCCGCUACACUACCAAGGCAUUUGGCCCAAUCAUGGCGAAAGCGGCCGCCUUGACCAUAGUCGAGGCCGAAAACAUUGUUCCCCUCGGCUCUAUAGAUCCAAAUGACGUCGAUUUACCGGGAAUCUUUGUGGACCGAAUUGUUCCUGCUACCGACGAGAAGCACAUUGAGAUUAAGAAGCUGCGGUCGGCUGACGACGAGAGUGCCCUCAAGACGGCGAAGGAUGCCGCGGCGGCUCAGCGAAACCUCAUUGCAAGGAGAGCUGCAAAGGAGCUGAAGCAGGGCUACUACGUGAACCUGGGCGUCGGAAUUCCCACGCUGGCCCCGUCCUUCUUGCCAGAGGGCCGUAAAGUUUGGAUUCAAUCGGAGAACGGAAUCCUAGGCAUGGGACCCUAUCCGACCGAGGACGAGGUCGAUGCGGAUAUCAUCAAUGCCGGGAAAGAGACCGUCACUCUGGUUCCUGGCGCUGCCACGUUCGAUAGCACCGAGUCAUUCGGCAUGAUUCGCGGUGGACAUGUAGACGUGUCCAUCCUGGGGGCAUUGCAAGUCAGUGCCACCGGAGAUCUGGCCAACUACAUGAUCCCCGGAAAGGUGUUCAAGGGAAUGGGAGGAGCCAUGGAUUUGAUUUCCAACCCCGACAAAACCAAGAUCGUGGUGGCCACCAGCCAUACCGCCAAGGACGGUUCGUCGAAGAUCGUAUCCGAGUGUGGCUUGCCUUUGACGGGCGCCAAGUGCGUCAGCACGAUCAUCACGGAUUUGUGUGUUUUCCAGGUGGAUCGGACCAAGGGUGAAUUGUUAUUGACGGAGCUCGCCCCGGGAGUCGAGGUUGAAGAGGUCCGGAGCAAGACCGAGGCGCCGUUCACCGUUGCCGAGCAGCUCGAGUUGAUGGAAUAG